AUGUGCUCCUACUCCGACAGCCGAGCGUCUGAACUCCUUCAGCACAUUCGACAGGAGCAUCUGGUCCAGGAGUCUGGGCCGUUUCUUGCAGCCGAAGGCAACUUCCUUCUGAAUGACGAGGUUUCGUUUCGAGGCACUAAAGAAUCUGAGUUUGUCAGUGACACAUUGAAGGAUGUAGUCACCCCCGUCAACAACGGACCCCCGUUUCAGUGUGACAGGUGUGAGAAGACUUACCUCUCCAGAUCCUCCCUGAUCAUCCACCACCGGAUUCACACGGGCGAGACGCCAUUUCUGUGCUCUUUCUGCGGCCGAGGCUUCAGGCGUUCAUCCUACCUGGAGCUACACACGCGCAUACACACGGGAGAGCGGCGCUUCAGGUGCCACAUAUGCGGAAAGACUUCCAUCCAGCAUCUGACGAGACACAUGCGCAUGCACCGAGGGGAGAAGAACUACCUGUGCACAGAGUGCGGGAAGGCCUUCCUCUCCUCCGGGGAGUUAAAGCUGCACCGGCGGAGUCACAGCGGAGAGAGACCGUACACGUGCAGACAGUGUGGGAAAGGUUUCGUCACCAAAUGCCUGCUGACCGUUCACACCCGCCGACAUACAGGCGAGAGUCCUUACAGGUGUCCGCUGUGUCCCAAGUCCUUCUCCAGUCUGAGAGCACAGAGGAAGCACCUGAAGAUCCACACCGACAGGAAGUCCUACCAGUGUUUGAAGUGCGGGAAAAUCUUCAGGCAAGAGGGUACUUUUAAACUUCACGUUAAAACCCACGACUCAAUAUGA